AUGUCGUCGACUCCGUCCUCGACCGAGAUCUCGACGGCUGCCGGCAUUUUGCAGGCGGCCUUGGACAGCGGAGUCGACCUGGCGAUCCACUUCGGCGGGUGGACCAGGUUGCAGAGGCGAGCGCUGGCGAUGGCUUUGGGGGCGUCGGAAGCCGCAUAUGCCGAUGCCAAGGCUGCGGCGGCGGCGCCGGCUGUGAAGAAGGCCCCGGCUCGGCCUCCGGUGGAUGUCGCUCCGGCCAAGGCGGCGUCACCGGCACCAUCAACAGUGACCCAGCCGGCGUCCGAGCCUAUGGGUCACCUUGAUUCGACUGCCGGCGGUCAGUCGGCCGUAUUCGGAAAGUCGCCUCCCCCGGCGACCUGGCGUGAAGUGGGGUUCCAGACCAGGGAGCACGCCGAGGCGGCGGCGGCCAUGAACUACGUGUCGGCCCUGGCGUUCUAUGCUGCCAUGGGGCGGGGCGAGCUGCAGGUGGGACCUCAGCAGGCAGCGUCGUCCUCCGGCGACCAGGCUGGCCCUCUGGAUGGCUACCUGGCGGAGGCCGACGCCAAGGCGGCAGAAGACAGGCGGAUGCGCGAGAUCCAGGAGCGCAUCGCCGGCGAAAUCCGGCAGGAUGAGGCCGAUCGGGAAGCGGCGUCGGGGUCGGGAUCCAGACCGGCGCAGCCAAGGGCUCGCUUCCCACAGCCGGCCACGACACCGGCGCCGGUCCAGGCACGCUAUCCGAAUGCCAACGCGAGCGGCCGAAGUCACCGGGACGGCGAGCUGCUGGAGGUCGCCGUUGACGAUCGGCUCCGUGGACUGAGCGCCGGGAGCCUCCAUCGCGCGGAUGUGGGCGAGAUGGAAGCAGAUGGCCUGGUCUUCCACGAGGCGGUGACGUCGGGCCGGCUACGGUUGCCGUGCGCCACCACGCCGGCUGAGGAUGACCAGGAACGACCGGCGCCCAAACGGGUCCGGCAGAAGCUGCCCGAACCGGCCAAGGCGAGAUGGGCGGCAGACGGCCGACGCUUCGCCCCCUGGCACUACGUCGAGGAGGCGAUGAUGCAUGACUCAGCCGGCCGGCUGCGCAUCAUCCCACCGCGGCCAAGGAGAAGCUGCACAUGCUGCCCCCCGGCUACACGGCGGCCGAUUUCCUCGACGACCGGGCCCGGCACAAGAGCCAACGGUUGGCAUUGGGGAGUGGCGCGCCGGCUGCUGGCUAUGUUGGUGGUUCUGACGGCGGCGGGCCCGGUGCAGGCGGCACCGGCCCCGGAACCCAGGCGGUCCACGAUGCAGUGGAUGGUCGAACAGUUCGGCGGCGGCCCAGUGCCCAUGGAGCCACCGCCGCGCCUGCGACCGGACCUGGAACUGCCCGACGACGACCCGGACAUGCAGCUGUGGACGCACUGGCGCCACGAGGUCACCCGGUUGCGACGGGAGGUGCUGGUCGAGCUGGCGCAGCUGGUCCAGGACAUGCGGGAGACCACGGACGAAUGGUUGGCGGCGCGGUCGGCGCCGGUCCGGUCUACCUACACGGUGCCCGGUAAGACCCGGCACACACAGAUCCCCGUCGUGCUGCACCUCCUGCAGAUGGUCGGCUACCCGGACGUGGCAGGCAUGACGUCGGACCUCACAGACGGCUUUGACAUGCUGGGCGAGGUCGGGCGCGGACCGGGCUGGAAGCCGCGGACAGACGGCCGAUACUCCAACCCG